AUGGCUUUAGCUAUUGGAAAUAAUCCGAAUGAAUAUGAAAUAAUUUCACGUUCAUCACGUGUUGAUUCAGCUAAUAUGAUGGUGGAGAAGAUUCACCUGAUGAUAUUUGUUAUGAGGAAGAAGAAAGUUUUGAUGAACUUAAUGAAGAUAAUCAACAAAAUGGACGAUGCAAAGCACCUAUACCAAAUUUUAAUUCGUUAUGGUUCAAAACGUAUUUCAAUAAUACAAUUUUCACCUAAAGUUGUUUGUGGUCGUUGUCCAGAAGCAAGAAAAAUAGGAGAAAAACAUUGUCUUACAUUUAAAUUUGUUAAAAAUGAAACAAAAUUAAUAAGAAAUAUUCUUGAAGGACAUGGAUUUCGUGAAGUUCAUCCAUCAUGUUCAUAA